CUUUUUCCGUAACAAAAUAGCAAAGCUCUGGACCAUCCGUUGCCCCGGCAGCUAGCGGGUGGAGGGGCCCAGGACCUAGAACUCUGCUCCGGAGCGAAAAGCUCCAGCGGGCCGUGGAGAGGCCGGAUCAAGAGCCGGGAGGCGCGCGGGGGUGGGCGCUGCAGCCGCGGGUUGUUUAUCUGGAGUACGGAGGGGAGGGGGGAGCCUGGAAACCGCCCCGUGUCCCAUUUCCUCCUCUUGUUUUCGCUCCGGAUUCUCCAUGUUGGACCCAAACUGAGGAGCCCGGAGCUGCCGCCGGGGGAUCGGGGCCCGGGGCACCCGGGGGAGCCGCUGCCCGGGCCGCCCGCCCUCCGCACAGGCCGCCUCCCUUCCCGGCCCGGGGAGGAAACAAGAAGGGGGAUGUGAACAGCUGUGGGAGUCGGAGUCUCGGGAGCCGGAGCCGGAGCGGGCCCCCGCCCAGGCCCCCCAGCCCAGCCUAGCCUGCGCGCCCGCCCGUCCUCCCGCCCAGCCAGCCCGGGCCCGCGGGAUUGUUAGAUGGAACACGGCUCCAUCAUCACCCAGGCGCGGAGGGAAGACGCCCUGGUGCUCACCAAGCAAGGCCUGGUCUGCAAGUCCUCUCCUAAGAAGCCUCGUGGACGUAACAUCUUCAAGGCCCUUUUCUGCUGUUUUCGCGCCCAGCAUGUUGGCCAGUCAAGCUCCUGCACUGAGCUUGCUGCAUAUAAGGAGGAAGCCAGCACCAUUGCUAAGUCGGAUCUGCUCCAUUGUCUCCAGUACCAGUUUUAUCAGAUCCCAGGGACCUGCCUGCUUCCAGAGGUGACAGAGGAAGAUCAAGGAAGGAUCUGUGUGGUUAUUGACCUGGAUGAAACCCUUGUGCAUAGCUCCUUUAAGCCGAUCAACAAUGCCGACUUCAUAGUGCCUGUCGAGAUCGAGGGGACCACUCACCAGGUGUACGUGCUCAAGAGGCCUUACGUGGAUGAGUUCCUGAGGCGCAUGGGGGAGCUCUUCGAAUGUGUUCUCUUCACUGCCAGCCUGGCCAAGUAUGCCGACCCUGUGACGGAUCUGCUGGACCGCUGUGGGGUGUUCCGGGCCCGCCUUUUCCGGGAGUCCUGUGUGUUUCAUCAGGGCUGCUAUGUCAAGGACCUCAGCCGCUUAGGGAGGGACCUGAGGAAAACCCUCAUCCUGGACAACUCGCCUGCUUCUUAUAUCUUCCACCCAGAGAAUGCCGUGCCCGUGCAGUCCUGGUUUGAUGACAUGGCAGACACAGAGUUGCUGAACCUGAUCCCAAUCUUUGAGGAGUUGAGUGGAGCAGAGGACGUCUACACCAGCCUCGGGCAGCUGCGGGCCCCUUAGCCCUCCCUGCUUCCGAGCAAUGGCCAUCCCAGUAGGGGACGUUGCUAUACUGUGCCUUUAUGAUCAGCCCGACAGAGUGGAAGCUGGAGCACCUUGCCAAACAAGGCCUGGAGAUAGUGAGGAACGAUUGGAAUGAGCUUUAGGAGAGGUUAGAUGCUGAAUGGCAAAUACCAGACCAACGAAAACCAGAGCCACCUGCUCCCUGAGUCGGGUCCCCAAGACGUGUGUGAGUGUGAGAGUGUGUUGCUGUGAGCUGUGGCCCCAGCAUGUACAGUGUUUCCCGUGGGGGUGAAGCUGAAUGAUCAAGACUUCCCAAGUUAGUUGUCUCCUCUCCUGUCACCCUGAGAGCCACUGAGCUCUAUAGGGAUGAAGACUAUUGAAGGCUCCAGUGCCAAACCAUGGCCUUUCCUCAGUAUUUUAAGGCCUAUGCCAAGGAGAAAGGAAGGGUCAGAGGCUGCCUUUGGAUGCCCCAUGAACACACCUUUCUGAAAUCUUUCUCCAGCCAACUGCUGCAGACAAAAAGAUGACAUUCUGGGAAGAUGAGAACUUGUUUCCAGACCAGUUCCCCCAGUGGCCAUUAGGUCCUGUGGCCCAAGGGCUGCGCUUGCCUCCAGCCAAGUGCCUGGCCUGGGUCCUUUCUGUGUCUCCCCAAGGCUUGGGUGCAGGGCCUGCCUUCCUUACCACCUAGCCAUAGUCUUGAACCUGUGGGGAAGGAGGUCUUCUCCCUGCCCUGGAAGAGGACAGAUGCCUGAUUUCCGUUCUUUUGACUCUGUUUUAAAAUUCUCUUUCUAAACAUGAAGUGUUGGGCCUGUUUUUUUUUCUGACACAGCUGCAGUCCUGGGCCCCAGAUGAAUAUGGGAGGCCCUGGGGGUGCAGGGAAGAAAAAAAUCCUCAAGGAUGAAUGUGUGUGUCCCCUUGGCUUAUAGAUCAGCUGAGCUUGGGAUUGUUGCCAUAAGUCUCCUCUUCAGGGAUUCUCCGCUGGUGCUGGUGCAAGGACCUUUGUUCCAGCAGCUGGGGAGAGCUAAGCUGCCCCAGCCCCUCCUAUUUCUUGGGCAGGGUUCUUCCUAUUCUGUCUUCUCCCCCAGGGCCAGGCUUGUGCCCAGCUCUUUUCCAGCCUUCAUCUUUCCUGGCUGUCGCUUUUCCCUUCCAGGGCCUCAGAACUCCUGUACUCCUGGAUUAGGGGGAACAGGUGUUCUUGUCACUAAGUUUGCCAACCUAACAUGCAUGCAUCCUGCUCCUGGUGACAGGUGUGAGCGGGGCCCCUCAUGACCUGUGCACUGGGCAUCUUGCUUUUAAAGGUUCUUAAUGGUGAAUGCUUUAAAAAAUCAUCACAAAGUGGAAGUUUCCCCAGGCCAGAAAACAAGAGGAAAAGUGCUGCUGAAAUUGGGAGCACAAGGGGCCCCUUAAGGGGGCCCCACCUCAGCAUCACUGCCUUAAUCAUGGCCUACCCCGAGUGGGGUUUUCUUCUCUUCCUUCCCUCCUGGGGUGGGAGUUCCUGUCCCCAUCUCUGUUUCCCUGGAAGCAGGUGUCACAAAGCAUUUGUGACUUGCGCCACCCACUCAGGUUGCACCCCCAUUAUCCCUUUCAAUUUCCACACACUAGGUCCAGCCUUAAGGAACUAGUUUCCAGAAAACCAGGUGGUAAAGUAGCAGCUAGGUGUUCUGAGUGAUAGCUGGUUGACAUCUCUAGCUUUGGGGUGCCAUCUUUCCUGUUUUGCCAAGAUUGUGAGACCUUGUCUUUCUCUUUGACAUCACAGAAGUGGAAAAGAGUCCCCAGAGCUCAUAUGGUCACUGCCCCCAGCAGCAUUCCCUGGUGCCUUCAGGGUCCUGCUGCAGGUAAAGGGGAGAGGGCUCCAGGUGCUGGCCAGGUGAAUCCUCUCCUGAAGGAAAGUGGGAACUCAAAGUAAGGCAAACAGGCUUCAGCCCCGGGUCCUAACAUUGCAGGAGGAGCCUCUUCCAGGCUCUACCCUGAGGGCUUGCCCUGGCUAAAUCUUCACCUCUGAGCCCAACUAAACUUCUCUGACUAAAAAGCAAUAAGAGGCUGUAAACUUGAGUCCCAGUGACUCUUUCUGCCUUCCUUUAAAUCUCCAUAUUUUUCCAGGUGGAGAAAGCCUGUGCUACCCCCUUUCUUACCAGGCUUGUCCAAGUGCUUGGAGUGUGAACUAUGAGCAAAGCCAGGAUGGCUCGGAGGGAGUGUCCCUGCUGCUUCUGCGCAGAGCCCCACUCGGUUACAGCUGCUGCUGUCAGCCCUGCUGCCCACCUGGAGUCUCCCACGGAAAUGCCGUUCCCAACCCCUCUGCCCCUUCCGAAAAGGAAUUCAGCCAACUCUAAACAGGGUCCAUCCACACAGACCAGAGCCAGCCCAGCCAUCAUUUGCUGUCUAGUUUUGAGUAUCAGUGUGCUAGGGGCAAGUUUGAUGAUUGUAAAACUUGUUCCCCAGAGGAGUCAGACCAGACUCGAUUUGGGAGGGCAAGAUUGGGAGGAAGCCAGCUCCACGUGGGCUCUGUUCUCGGGCUUCCCACCAGCACUGCCCAUUGGAGACUGGUUUGGGGAGGCAGCAGACCACUGUGCCUGCCAUGCCAGGCAUCUGCCCACCUGCCAGCUUCAGUCCUUUCAGGUGCCUCUUCAGGGACACAGUGUGUCUCUCUGAUUGGGCUUCUAAAUCAAAAGCCUGAUGUUCGUGUCCCUCUCAUAGGGGGAGCUUUGGACACAGGACCAGUUUGGGAAAGGGUCAGGUAGGGGUUUCCACUCUGCACAUUGUAGAGGGGACACUCUGUAGGCCCCUUGGUCCCUUACUAGACAGGUUGAGUAAAUUUGCCUUCAGUUAAUGUGGGACCUUCUGUUUAGCUCCCUCCUGCCUCCCAAAGAUUUUAACCAUUUUGUAAAUGUAUAAAUUCACCUCGUUAGCAGUGGUCUAGCAGCUUCCUUGAGCUAGGAGCGUGGGAAGUUCAAAGGCAGUCAUUCUCUGGGAAAUGGAUCCCAUUCCUGAUCUGCUGCCCCUACCCUGUUCUGAGGCCUCAGUAGGGCAGUCCCCUGUAAGGCUGUCGGUGCCCAGGGUCCUAGCCAGGCCACGUGUAUGAAAAAGGUAAGUCCCAUUUCCCCCCUCAGGUCUUCAGUUGGUUAUUUAACCACUGUUGUUCCUCAUUCACCUGUUUUGUAAAACGGGUCUAGUUUUUAUUUUGUUUUUUUUCCUUAAAACACCCAGAAAUACCUGCAUUCAACAGGGGGAAAGAGGUCAGUCAGGUCUGGCCAGCUGCCCCGUACUUUGAUGUUCCUUUAAUGUCGCAAGGCCUGCCCUAAAACAGACCCUCCACUUCGGGCCUCAUGGGGUCUUUGCUUGCAUUUACCCAACUUUGACACAUUCCAUUUUGCUCUGCUUCCCCCUUCCUGGUGCCAUUUGGAGAGUAGGGGACCUGCUUCCCCCUGUGGCUGGGCUGGGCUCCGGGAUGCUAACUACCUUGCUUACAGAUUCAUGGUUUGAUAAAUUUGUUGUAUUCAAAAACUUGAAAUGUAGGACGCCAUUAAGUGUCUGUUUAUAUUUUUGGAAUAUUUGUAUUACUUAACAAUUAAUAAAAGUGGGUUUAAGAAACCUAUCCAGGAA